AUGAACAUUGCACAAACGAAAGGAAUCGAGAGGGACAGACAAUUCCGAAGGCUUCGAACGAGGAGCAGUUCGGUACGUGGCGAGGGCAGAAACCAUCGGAAUAACACUGGAAGCAUGAGAUUUGAGUUCACCCUGUAACACUAACAGUUCGUGUCAUCAGACGAAUAGAGAUAAGUAGGCGCGCGUCCACAUUUCAGUCCAUGAACAACUCAAAUUCUUUUCAGAGCUCUGGAGGAUCCUCUUACUCGGGCGGCGCUUCAUCUAGCGGAGCUUCCGAAGGAUACUCUGGCGGAGGAGAUGCCUCUUCGUCUUCUUCAUCUGGCGGAUACUCUUCUAGCGGUGGAGACACUUCCUCGGGAACAUCAUCAGCCGGAGGGUACUCGGGCGGCGGAGACUUAUCAUCGUCUUCUGGGAGUGAUUCAUCGGCGAGCUCCUCCUCUGGAGGCUAUUCUGCAAGUGGAAGCGGUGUUGGAUCAAGUUCGUCUGGAGGAUACUCCGGAGGAGGUGAGUCGGCGCCUGCCGCCCCUGCUCCGUCAGCAGGAUACUCUGGCGGAGGAUCGGAGCCAGCUCCUGCGGCCGCCCCCGAGCCAGCGGCACCUUCUGGAGGCUAUUCUGGAGGAGGAAGUGACGCUGGAGCAGCUUCUGGAGGCAGCAACUACUCUGGAGGUGGAGAUGCCGCUGCGGCUGCCCCACCACCACCACCACCACCAGCACCAGCUCCGACUUACUCGGGAAGUGGAGGAGAUGCUGGUGCUGCUGCUCCAGCCCCACCAUCCGGAGGAGAUUCUUCGUCUGGAGGAUACAAUGGAAGCGGUGGAGCCGCCGGGGGAGCCCCGAGCGGAGCAAACUACGAUGAAGCACAAGAAGAAGUGGAAGAGUAUGAAGGAGGAAGCAGCGGAUUCAGAAACAGAAGGUUUUCAAAGGGAGGAGUCGCCGAUGAUACUCCAGUCUGCAAUUCGGUCAGACUCCGAAAGCUCAUCAGACAGGUGAGAAGCACGAAAAUCGAAAAAAAUGAAGAAAGAGAAGUGUUUCAGAGCUUGACGGAAGAUCCAGAAUCCUCGAUGCAGCGACUCGCUCAGCGCGUCAAAUCGCGUCUUGUCAGUGGUGAAUUCUACGUGGCUUGCGGCGAGCAGGGACUCUCUCCGAUCGAGGGAGAAAACCGAGAGCACUGUUUCAUCAAGACCCCCACCUUUGCAUGCUACGUGCUCCGAAAAGCUUAA